AUGUCGACGUCCUCUGCGAGCAAACAACAUGCCCGCCAUAGUUCCAACUUCUCCAAGAGCCGACCAGCUCCGAUGCCCAGCUCUCCCCUGAAGAGAUCUCAGAGUGAUCAGGGCAUCGACGAGAGCAGUCCCCUGGCCGUUUCCGACCGUCCUUGGGUUGAGCGCCCCCGAGCCAGCUCCUCCUCCAGUCAGCCCGCAGAGAAAACUCCCGCGAGGUCCUUUUACGUCCGCUCUUUCCAUGGCCAGCUAGAUCCCGCUCAGUAUUCUUCUUCUGCCGGCCUCAGAGACGAGACCGCCGAGCUUGCUGCGUUUGCUCUUUCCGAGACUGCGUCCCACCUUGGAACCUCUCCGUCGACUUCCUCAGCUGCAUCCGACGAUGGUUACCCUGAGGUGAUCGAAGAAGUUUCCGAACCAGUAACUCCAGAAGGUUCGGACCAUGACCAUCCUGGUGACCCGGCCAUCUCUGAAUUGACUGCCAUGAUACAAAAUUCCAUGGGCCAAGAGGAGGAGCAUCAACAACAACACUCGAAUGGUAUCGACAAGACAAUACUGCACCGCCCAGCGUCGUCGAGCAGGCCGGAGGCUAGUCAGCCAGAUGAGUAUACGGCUCUCAUUGGUGGCCGGAGCACAGAAUCUAUAAAGCAUGGCCAUUAUACGGAUGUUGAGCGGCAGUCGGGCUCGAACAAGAACGGUAUCAUCCAAACAUGCAGAGCCUCGGCGAGUAGAGUGCGGUCAUGCUACUAUACGCUGUCACACCCAAAGACGUGGAGUGUCCGUGCCAUAUACAGGGAAGCCGUCGUCCACCCAGUGAGCCUCCUCCCAGCUGUGUUUCUGGGCUUGCUCCUCAACAUCCUCGAUGCUCUCUCCUAUGGCAUGAUUUUGUUCCCUUUGGGAAAUGAAAUCUUCGAAGGCCUUGGCUCGGACGGGAUUGCCAUGUUCUACGUCAGCACUAUUGUCGCCCAGGUCGUCUAUUCUUCUGGUGGCUCAAUCUUCAGAGGGGGCAUUGGGUCCGAAAUGAUUGAGGUUGUCCCCUUCUUCCAUAAGAUGGCAUUUACGAUACUCCAGAAGGUGGGGGAUCAAAACCCCAAGGCCGUCCUUGCCACCACGAUACUCUCCUUUGCCAUCAGUUCCGUCUUGACUGGAGUGGUGUUCUUCCUCAUGGGAGCUUGCAAGCUAGGAUCGUUGAUUGGCUUCUUCCCGCGCCAUAUUCUCAUUGGCUGCAUUGGAGGCGUUGGCUGGUUUCUUGUUGCUACCGGCAUCGAGGUCUCUGCUCGGUUACCGGGCAAUCUGGAGUACAACCUUCACACCCUUAAGCAGCUAUUCCGGGGUGACACGAUCGCCCUGUGGACCAUCCCGUUAUUACUUGCCGUCACUUUACUCAUUGUACAACGCUUUGUGAAAUCAAAUCUGCUGGUUGGCGGCUACUUUAUCUCGGUUGCAGCAAUUUUCUACUUCUUCAAGUCCGCUUUGGGUAUUUCAAUGGAAACCCUGCAUACCGGAGGCUGGGUUUUCGAUCCACCUCCGGCCGGGAACCCCUGGUAUCAUUUUUACACUCUGUACGACUUCAACGCGGUCCAUUGGGGAGCUCUUGCGGAUACCAUCCCGGCCAUGUUUGCUCUGACCUUUUUCGGCGUCUUGCAUGUUCCGAUCAACGUGCCCGCUUUGGGUAUCUCUACCGGCGAGGAUAACCUGAGCGUCGACCGUGAGCUGGUCGCGCACGGUGUCUCGAACUGCCUCAGUGGCCUCUUCGGAAGUGUGCAGAACUAUCUUGUAUAUACCAACAGUCUUCUGUUUAUGGACAGUGGUGGCAAUGACCGCCUUGCAGGACUCCUGCUGGCUGCCUGCACAGUCGGUAUCCUCUUGGCUGGCCCGGCUAUUAUUGGUUACAUUCCCAUUAUGGUUGUUGGUGCUCUGAUAUUUUUACUGGGCAUAGAGCUGCUGGAAGAAGCCCUGGUCGGAACAUGGGGCAAAGUCCACAAGCUUGAAUAUGCUACCAUCCUGAUCAUUGUCGUCACGAUGGGAGUGUGGGAUUUCGUGGUUGGAAUCCUGGUUGGCAUUUUGCUUGCUGCUUUGAGUUUUGUUGUGCAAACAUCCCGCAGAACUGCCAUAAGAGCCACAUACUCUGGGGAAGUUGCCAAAUCGCUCGUCCGACGACCGCCGGUGCAGCUCAAGUUCUUGCGUGAGACAGGCAAACAGAUUUUCUUACUUAGACUGGCUGGGUAUUUGUUCUUUGGGACGAUUGUCGGGGUCGAGAACCGGAUUCGAGCACUACUGGAGGAAGAUGCAUUUAGGGACCGUCCUCUGAGGUUCCUCAUCUUGGACAUGGCUCAGAUCAAUGGUAUCGAUUUCUCGGCGGCAGAGGCGUUCACCAGAAUCAACCGACUUCUGCAGAAGCGCGGAGUCGAGCUUAUCGUGAGCAGCUUGGACGUCGAUGGCGAGAUUGGACAAGCGCUUCGCAACGUGGGUCUGUUUGCGGCAGAGUCCAAGGUCCAGAUCUUCCCGGAUCUAAACGUGGCACUGGAGCACUGUGAGAACAAACUGUUGACAGCCUUGUAUCGUCAGCAGGAGCAGCGGCGCCCAAGGCGGAUAGGAGGGCACCUUGACAUGCCUCGGACUCGGCCGCAAGAGCUUUCGUCCUCGUACAAGGCCGAGUUCAUGGGCAGCUCCCCGAGACGAAAUCAUCUCCAUCAAGUUGCUCAGACUACUCUGGACGAGGACACGUCUAGCUUGGCGAAGUGGCAAUCUUUCAAGCAACCUCUACCGUUGAUGCUACAAAUCUUUGCGGAUCUCUCCGACAAGACCGAGGAUUUUUGGUUCCGUGCUAUGAAAUACUUUGAAAGGGUAGUAUACCCGAAAGGUUCAGUGUUGUUCAAGAUUGGAGAUCCUCCCGAUGGCUUCUACCUGCUCGAAGAGGGCAUUCUGCGCUGUGAUUACGACUGGCCACAGGGCAGGUACUCGGAGCUGAUCGUGUCUGGACGCCCAUGCGGAGAGUUGCCGUUUUUCUCCCAAACACCACGUACUGCCACGAUGGUGGCAGAAAAGGACUGUGUUACUUGGAAACUAGAUGCCAAGCGAUGGCAUGAGAUGCAGACACGGGACCCAGAUGUGGCCCAAGAGCUGCUCGUGAUUAGUCUGAAAUUGACCAAGGAAAGGAUGGACACUGUGACUUCGUACGUCCUGACCACAGCGGGCUGA